GGUCAUUGCUAUAUCACUUUGACUUAUGAGAUUGAAAACGCUUUUCGAGAAAAACGAAGAUUUCUGAGCUAAACAGUAGCGAAACUAGAUCAGCUAUGGCGACCGGUGGUGCUGCGGCGGAUUUGGAAGAUGUUCAGACGGUGGAUCUCAUGUCGGAGCUCCUCCGCCGCCUCAAAUGUUCUCAGAAGCCCGACAAACGCCUCAUCUUCAUUGGACCUCCAGGGUCAGGGAAAGGUACACAAUCUCCAGUAGUGAAGGAUGAGUAUUGCUUGUGUCACUUAUCCACUGGAGACAUGUUAAGAGCUGCUGUUGCUUCUAAAACCCCUCUUGGUGUGAAGGCUAAAGAAGCUAUGGAAAAAGGAGAGCUUGUCUCUGAUGAUUUGGUUGUUGGUAUAAUUGAUGAAGCCAUGAACAAGCCAAAAUGUCAAAAAGGAUUCAUCCUUGAUGGGUUCCCCAGGACUGUUACUCAGGCAGAGAAGCUCGAUGAGAUGCUUAAGAGGCGAGGAACUGAAAUCGACAAAGUUCUCAACUUUGCUAUUGAUGACUCAAUCUUGGAGGAAAGAAUAACUGGGCGAUGGAUCCACCCAUCAAGUGGCAGGAGUUACCACACCAAAUUUGCGCCUCCCAAAACCCCUGGAGUUGAUGAUAUUACCGGAGAGCCUCUGAUCCAACGCAAAGAUGAUAACGCUGAUGUUCUAAGGUCGAGGCUUGCAGCUUUCCACAGUCAAACUGAACCGGUGAUUGAUUACUAUGCAAAGAAGGCCGUUCUCACAAACAUCCACGCCGAGAAGGCUCCCCAAGAAGUUACAUCAGAGGUUAAAAAAGCAUUGUCAUGAUCAAAGACUCCUCAAGCAAAUCAUCUCCUAUGGUUAGAAUCCAUUCUUUUCCUUACUACAAGAGAGAGACACAUCUAUAUAUCCACUCAUCUGCGGAAUGACAGUUUUUUCUUUUAGUCCUUGCGCUUUACCUUUUCGACUAAUAUUCAAAAUCUGGAGAAGAAUUUUUUACUCCUGGAUAUUAUCUAUUGUCUCCUGUCUGACACCGGAAUUUGUUUCCGAUAUUUUCGCAGUCUUUUUACAAAAUAA